UUAAAAUUUAAUGUAAAAAUUAAAUUUAUAAACACUGCUUUUAAGGUUUCCUGAGCUCAGAUGUCCUUGCCAUGCAAAUUCACAGGUGCUCAGGGUUCAGACUCAUUUGUGGACAAGUGGGAUACAAACUGUAGCCCAGGGUUCAGGCAGCACUGAGCUUGCUGACCUUGGUGCUGUGGGUGGGGGCUGCAAAAGUGGUUGUGUCCUCAUGAGCAGACCACCGCUUCUUCCUUUAGCCUUUCUUGCCGCAGUGGACUCCUGGUUCAAGGUCUUGCUGCCCAAGUUAUAUCCAUGGCUCUACCAUAAUGGGGGCAACAUCAUUAGCAUUCAGGUGGAGAAUGAAUACGGUAGCUACAGGGCCUGUGACUUCAGCUACAUGCGGCACCUGGCUGGGCUCUUCCGUGCACUGCUGGGAGACAGAAUCCUCCUCUUCACCACCGAUGGGCCUGAAGGACUCAAAUGUGGCUCCCUCCAGGGACUCUACACCACUGUGGAUUUUGGCCCAGCUGACAACAUGACCAAAAUCUUUGGCCUACUGCGGGAGUAUGAGCCCCAUGGGCCACUGGUGAACUCCGAGUAUUACACAGGCUGGCUGGAUUACUGGGGCCAGAACCACUCCACACGGUCCGUUUUGGCUGUGACCAAAGGCCUAGAAAGCAUGCUGAAGCUGGGAGCCAGUGUGAACAUGUACAUGUUCCACGGAGGCACCAACUUUGGAUACUGGAAUGGUGCUGAUGAGAAGGGACGCUUUCUUCCAAUUACUACCAGCUAUGACUACGAUGCACCAAUAUCUGAAGCAGGGGACCCCACACCUAAGCUUUUUGCUCUUCGAAACGUCAUCAGUGAGUUCCAGGAAAUUCCCCUGGGACCUUUACCUCCCCCCAGCCCCAAGAUGACGCUUGGACCUUUGACCCUGCAACUGGAUGGGGAUUUGCUGGCUUUCCUAGACUUCCUGUGUCCCCAAGGGCCCAUCAGUUCAAUCUUGCCAAUGUCCUUUGAGGCUGUCAAACAGGACCGUGGCUUUGUGCUAUACCGGACCUAUCUGACCUAUACUGUGUCUGAGCCAACACAGUUCUGGGUGCCUAACAAUGGAGUCCAUGACCGUGCCUAUGUGAUGGUAGAUGGGGUGUUUCAGGGUGUUCUGGAACGAAACAUGAAACACCAACUAUUUUUGAUGGGGAAAGAAGGGGCCAGACUAGACAUCUUACUGGAGAACAUGGGGAGGCUCAGUUUCGGGUCUAACAGCAGUGACUUCAAGGGCCUAUUAGAGCCACCAGUUCUGGGGCAAACGGUCCUCAGCCGGUGGCUGAUGUUCCCUCUGAAAAUUGAUAAGCUUGUAAAGCGGUGGUUUCCCCUCCAGCUGAAGAAAAGGUCACAUCCUCAAGUUCCCUCUGGCCCCACUUUCUACUCCACAAAGUUUCCAAUUUUAGGAGAAGGCGGGGACACUUUUCUCUCUCUACCUGGAUGGACCAAGGGCCAAGUCUGGAUCAAUGGGUUUAACCUGGGCCGGUACUGGACAAAGCGGGGGCCCCAAGAGACGCUCUACGUGCCAAGACCCCUGCUGUUUUCUAGGGGAGCCCUCAACAAAAUCACACUGCUAGAGCUAGAAAACGUGCCACCUCAGCCCCAAGUCCAGUUUCUGGAUAGGCCCAUCCUAAACAGCACCCUGCAUAAGACAUACAUCUAUUCCCUCUCAGCUGAUACACAAGGUGCCUCUGAACCAAUGGAGUUAAGCGGGCACUGAGAGAAAGGUAACCCUCGGACCUGGGACACGGAGUGGGCAGGAUUCCUUGGUGCUGGCCACGAUGACCUCAAGGAACCAAAGGCCACAAGGCCCAAAUGCUAGUCCAAGUGCAGUUUCCUUGCCAAGCUUUAUUGUGAUUAAAAUUCCAGAGACAGUCCCA